UGGUGGAUGGGGGGAGAUGAAGCUCGUCAGCGCAAGCGUUUUUGCCUCCCCUGACAGCACCUCAGACCAGCAGAACUUCAUAUCUCUCUUCACCAUCCUAUCCUCGCAAUGUCUAGCGGACUCCCCAUUAAGCUCAACGGCACUGUCAUCAUCACAGGCGGUACUCGUGGCAUUGGCUUAGCUUAUAGUUGUGCUGCUGCCCACGCAGGUGCCAAUGUCGCCUUGAUUUUCAGGCAACGCCGUGAAGAUGCCGACAAGGCCGUCGAGGAAAUUCAGAAGAAAUAUAAGAAUGUCAAAGUCAAGGCGUACCAGUGCGAUGUCUCUGAUGUAGAGGCUACCAACAAGACUUUCCACCAAAUCGACCAAGAGAUGGGAAACCUGUCGGGUCUUAUGGCGAAUGCUGGUCGGUCUGUCGUGAAGCCUGCAAUGGAGCUCACCGAGGAAGAUUUCCGUGUUGUAUUCGGUACUAACGUACUCGGAGUCUUCAACUCUUGCCGUGCAGCUGCCAAGAUUUGGCAAGAGUCCCACCGGAGUGGCUCCAUCGUCAUCACCGGCUCUAUGAGCGCACAGAUUAUCAAUCAGGCUGCGACUAACAAACCCCUUACUCAGGCUUUCUAUAAUUCGUCCAAGGCUGCAGUCGUCAACCUUACCAAGGGUCUCGCUGCCGAAUGGGCUCCUAGGGUCCGCGUCAACUGUAUUUCUCCAGGCUACGUCGACACUGACCAGACCCGUCACAUGGACAAGAACAUCAUCAAGCAUCAAGAGGAAAACGUUCCCUUGAGGCGCUUCGCCGAGCCACGGGAAAUCAGCAGCCAAGCCAUCUUCCUUCUUUCUGAUCUCGCUAGCUACAUGACGGGCUCUGAUGUCGUCCUCGAUGGAGGUCAGCUUAUUUGGUAA